UUUUUAGUUUAAAGAGAAGUUGAAGAGCCGCGCGCCUCAGAGCCGGAGCCGGAGCCGCAGGAGUCACGGCUCUUCUGGAUCCGAGUCUCUGUGUGACUCAUGUUCUGUUUGUAAUUACAACUAAUGAGAGCGCGCGCGAGGACAACAUGAGCGCGUGCUGGACUCUGGUUGUGCUGCUGCUGUGCGCGCGAGGACACCGGGCAGAGGACCCGAGGCAGGACCCGGGGCAGGACCCGAGGCAGGACCCGAGGCAGGACCCGGAGAGGGAUGCUCUGGAGGUGCGGAGAGCGGGGACACUGACCCGCGGAGCCCGGAGAGGAGCGCCUUCUGCGGGCUUCAGUCCAGAGAGAGUCCGAGAGGAUGCGGCGCGUCCGGAGGAGAUGGAGCCGAGUCACCGCGGGGACACUCGGGUCUCUCCUCCCGGGGACACUCGGGUCUCUCCUCCCGGGGACAGGGGGAGUGUUUCUCCCGGGGACAGGAGGAGGUUUCCCCGCGGGACAAAGGGCGCGGGUCGGAGGAGGGACCGGACUCGGAGCACUUUGGAUCCGGACCGUUUCUUCACGACGCCGCGCACCGCGCCGCCGCCCGUGAACGCAUCGGUGCGCGCGGCGCUGUUGCCGCUGGGCGCGGGCGCGCGCUGGGCGUACGCGGUGCUGCUGCUCGCGCUCGUGCUCUUCUCCGUGGGGCUCGUGGGGAACCUCGCGCUCAUGUGUCUCGUGUGGCACAGUCUGCACCUGAAGAGCGCGUGGAACUGCGUGCUCGCGGGGCUCGCGCUCUGGGACUUCCUCGUGCUCUUCUUCUGUGUCCCCGUGCUCCUGCUGCACCAGCUCACGGGCGCGCGCCUCGCGCUCUCCUGCAGCCUCGUGCCCUUUCUAGAGGUGAGC